UGGCUUCAGCGCGGCGACGCCGGGCACUUAUUUAGCGCCAAAUUCAAAACGGGCGCCAUUUCCGGAAAGGAAUCCAGUCCUUUUCGGAGGGGAAGCCGAAAGGGGGAAGGAAAGCCCGGGCAAGGAAUGGCCCCUGGGGCGAAGGGUGAUUCAGGAGACAUGGCUUCAGUUCAAUCAAGUACUGAAGGCGAUGCUAUCAAGGUUUAUGUCAGAGUGCGUCCUCCUUCUGAAGAAACUGCCCAUGUCAAUGGGGAUCGUAGCAUGUGUUUAUCUGUCCUUUCAACAAACACCAUCCGUUUACAUUCAAAACCUGAACCUAAGAUCUUCACCUUUGAUCAUGUGGCAGAUGUAAAUACAACACAGGAAUCGGUGUUCUCAAGUGUGGCAAAAAAUAUAGUGGAAUCAUGCAUGAACGGCUACAAUGGAACCAUUUUUGCAUAUGGUCAGACUGGUUCAGGGAAAACAUUCACUAUGAUGGGACCUCCUGAUUCCGAUAACUUUACACAUAACCUGAGAGGUGUGAUACCACGAAGCUUUGAAUAUUUGUUUUUUCUAAUUGAACAUGAAAAAGAAAAGGCUGGUACUGGCAAGAGUUUUCUCUGCAAGUGCUCGUUUAUUGAGAUCUACAAUGAACAGAUAUUUGACUUGCUGGAUUCUGCUUCAGCAGGACUUUUUCUCAGGGAGCACAUCACAAAAGGAGUCUUCGUUGUUGGUGCAGUGGAACAAGUGUUGACCUCAGCUGCUGAAGCUUAUCAAGUGUUAACAAUGGGAUGGAGAAAUCGUCGUGUGGCAUCUACCUCAAUGAAUAGGGAAUCCUCAAGGUCACAUGCUGUCUUCACUAUCAUAAUAGAAUCAAUAGAGAAGAACAAUGAAAUUACAAAUAUCCGAUCCUCUCAGCUCAAUUUGGUGGAUUUGGCUGGAUCGGAGAGACAAAAAGAUACUCAUGCCGAAGGAGCUAGAUUAAAGGAAGCGGGGAACAUCAACCGAUCCUUAAGUUGCCUCGGGCAAGUAAUCACUGCACUCGUUGAUGUGGGCAAUGGAAAGCAGAGGCACAUUUGUUACAGAGACUCCAGGCUCACUUUCCUGCUUCGGGAUUCACUUGGAGGUAAUGCUAAAACAAGCAUCAUAGCAAAUGUUCAUCCAGGAUCCAGAUGUUUUGGUGAAACCUUGUCAACUCUGAACUUUGCUCAAAGGGCAAAACUGAUUAAAAACAAGGCUGUAAUAAAUGAAGACACACAAGGAAAUGUAAGACAGUUACAAUCUGAAGUGAAGAAACUGAAAGAGCAACUUGCUUUGCUUGCUGCAGGGCAGCUUGUGCAUGAAGCCCCGCUUCCUUCAGGUACUAUCGCACAUGAUGGGGGAAGUACAGAUUACAAAAGCCAUUUCCUUGAUGCCAUGCUGUUCUUAGAAAAAUCUGAAAGUGAAAGAAAGAUACUGUUAGAAAAGAUUUCCCAACUAGAAGAUCUAUGUGUCAAAAAAGAAAAGUUCAUUCAGUCCAAUAAGAUGAUAAUUAAAUUCCGAGAAGGUCAUAUAACUCGCCUAGAAAAACUGCACAAAGAAGCUUAUGGUAGCUUUUUGGUCACGGAGCAAGAAGAGAUGUUCAGGGAACUGAAAGAGGAGCUGAAGAUUCUCAAGGACCAGGUAGAACAGCAUCCAAGGGUUGCAAAAUAUGCCAUGGAGAACAAUAUUCUCAGAGAAGAGAACAAACAACUUCGCUCCUUACAAUCUGUGAAAAGAGCCCAGGAAAUGGAUAUUCAAACCAUAGCAGAACUGGAAAAAAUAUUCUUUGAUGUUUCAGGUAGAGAGGGCAAUAACAAAGCUGGACAGCAGGCAUGUUCUAUUACUGUGUCAGUAGAUAGCAAUACUGCAGUGUCUAUUGAAAGGCUGAAAGAACGUUUGCUGCAUACACAGAGCGAACUGGCAAGUUGCAAACAAGAACACGAAGAAUUCAAGGAGCUGACAAAGAAAAAACAAAUGGAACUAGAAUCAGAACUUCAGUCUGUACAGAAGGCAAACCAGCAUCUUGAAAAAAUUUUGGAAGCAACUAAGGCCUGCAAACGACAGGAGGUUUCUUACCUUAAUAAAAUGCACAGAGAAACUUUAAAGAACAUAACUACUCCAACAAAGGCUUACCAGCUCCGGUCUAGAUUAGUGCCACGAUCAACCCCAGAAAUGUUGAACCAGGAAUCUCCCCCAAGUUCCACAGAGGUUGUGGAUGACAUUUUUAAUGAGCCUAUGCCUCCAGAGAUGAAUGAGCAAGCCUGUGAAGCUAUUGCAGAAGAGUUGGGAGUGGUGCAGAAAGAGUUAAGUGCUCUUCAGAUCAAACUAGACGCAGAAGAAACUAAAAGUAUAAAACUUCAGCAGCAUAUUAAUAAGCUAGAGCACCAUUCUUUACAAAUGGAAGAGCUUUUUGCCUCAGAAAGAAGUGAGUGGCUAUCUGGAAAACACAAGCUUCUUGAAAAGAUUGGCUGUCUUGAACAGAAAUACCAGGAUACUCAGAACCAGGCUGACAUAUUAAAGAAUGAAGUUCAUGACUUGCGAAUUGUCCUGCAGUCUGCAGAUAAGGAAUUGUCUGCUGCAAAAACAAAGUAUGACACCUUUAGAAGAAAUCAGGAGAAGGAAAUUGGAGAACUUUCUGUCAGACAUAUGAAUUUACAACUGCAACUUGAUAAUGUCAGGCUAGAAUAUGAAAAAGUCCUUGAAGAAAAAACAAGCCUGCAAGAUGAUUAUGAUAAUCUCCAGGAAACACUGAAAUUUGACACGGACCAACUGACACAGCAGGUUUUUGACAGCAAGCAGGAAAAUGAAGCAUUGAAAGCUGAUCUUCAGAGUUUGAUGGCACUGUUAGAAAGUGAAAAAGAACACAAUCAGAAAUUAUCCAUGCAGUUGCAAAAGGAUAAACAGAAUAAUUCCAGGGAGCACCUGAAAGAUCUUCAAAUCUUGGAGCUAGAGAAACAGUCCUCUGAAAUGAUAUCAAGAUGUGAGGAGCAGGAAGCAAAAAUGCUGAAACUGGAACAAAGCUUAGCUGCUGCUGAAGAAUGCAUUGCUUCCCUGCAGAAAACAAAUGCUGCUGAAAAGGAUGUUGUAUCAGACCUGAUGAGGCAGAUUACGGAUAUGAGAACAUCUGUCUGUCAGAAGAUGGAAUGCAUAGAAGUACUCACAAGUGAGCUGGAAGACCUAAAACAUAAGUACACUUCCGCUUUGGUUGCAAAGGAAGAAAGCAAAACAAUUAUAGAAGACCAAAAGAAACAAAUUGAAGAUUUGAGAGAGGCCUUGGAGAGGGCACAAGCAACUGACAGCAUUGAGAAAGAGAUUCUUUCUGAAGAAUUGCAUCAUACCUCUGAGCAGCUAAGCAGGUUAACAGAAGCUUCUAAAAAUCAUGCAGCACUUCUCCAAUCUGCACAAGAAGAUAUAAUUAGGAAAGAAAUAUUAAUUCAAGAACUUCAGGAGCAGCUGAGCAAAAAGACAGAAGAACUGGAACACAGGAGGAUUGAAUAUGAAUCUAAAGUGCGCCAGUUAGAUUAUGUUAUGGAUUCUGCUGCUGUAGCACUUCCACAGACUCCCCAAACUCCACCCUACUUUGAUGGAAAUCUUGCAAGGCUAUUAGAAACACAUGAGGAAGAGAUAGCAAACCAGAGAGCAUCCACAAUUACCCUAGAAUGUCUUGUUACAGAGUUAAAUAAAGAAAGAGAUGCUAAAAAUGAUGAAAUUCUAAGACUAAAGACUCAGCUAUGUGAUUUGGAAAAUAUGCGUCUGGAAAUGCAGGUAUUAAUGGAAAAUAACAGAAAUCUCCAGAGCCAACUUGAAGAAUCCAGAAGAGGAAGGAAUAUCAGUGGGGCAAACAAUCCUGAUAUCCAAGACCUGAGAGAAAAAGAGAAAGAAUUAACUGAAGAGAGACUGGCAAAGAAUAAACUUGAGCAAGAACUGCUGAAAGUCACAUCAGAGUUACAAAAAACUAGAGGAAACCUUGAAAUUAAGGAGCUUACCUUUCAGGAAAUUAUUCAAGAGAUGGAACGAUUAAAAGCUUUAGAGUCAACGGCAUUUGAAGAGAAACAGCAGAUGAGAUCAAAACUAGAGGAAGCAUGUGAAGAAAGAAUUAAAAUGGAAAUGGAGAUGUCCCUUCUAAGGAAACAGAUUGAGAACCUGGCUGAGGAGAAUGGAAAACUGGUUGGUCACCAAAAUGUAAAUCAGAAGAUCCAAUAUCUUGUGAAACUGAAGAAAGAACAUGCUAAACUGAUGGAGGAAGUAGAUGUUCUUCGUGCUGAAAUUGCCUGUUUGAAAGGGAAAAGUCAAGAAUCAUAAUUUACUGCACCAGUAAAUAAGUGUUGAUAUUAGCAAUAUCCACAAACAAACAGUACUUAAUGUUAGUCCCAUUAACCAAAAUAUCUCCUUGUUCAAGUUAGCAAGCAUCGAUCAGAUGGAUGGAUCUUCUGUGUCUUGCUGUGCUGUGCUGACAAAUCAGUCCUAAUCACAUAUGUACUGUGCCACUUUUCAGCACAACUAUCUCCCCUGCCUCCCAAACUGGAUUGGUACAGGGUGAUUCCUGUAAAGUUCAAGCUAAAACCCAGGGGUUGAUGCAGCACCCUAUUAAAAUGGGACAUAAACUUCCAGCACUUCCUCUCUUUCUAAGAAGGCACAGAAUGAACUCAUUUGGGAUUAAAUAAUACCUCUAAUGUGUUUUCUACCAUGUAUAUAUGUUCAGUGUUCAAGUAAUAUAUCUUAAGACUAUGAAUUAAUUCAUCUUUGUAUUACUCAAUAAUGUUUUGUACAAGAAAGUUUUUGGUGUUUUUUUAAAAAGAUAUUUCUAUCAAUUACACAUCAAGGCAGUCUCUUACCUGUUAAUAUGAACAGUGUGAUUUUGAUAUCCUAGACUUCCUUCAUUUUAGCUAGUUCCUGUCUUUGGGAAUUAUCCUCUUCCUUAGCCUAAUGCUGUUGAACAUUGAUGUUAGCACUGUGAUCCAGCCUCAAGUCACAUUCAUGUAUGGGAAUCAGUUAAUUCCACAAGACUUCCUCAUUAAUAUUGAAAUAGACAUGACUUCCAAAUACUGAACUGUUAGCAUUUAAUAAAUAAAAAACAUAAGGGAGAUGUUUUGUGAUUUACAAUUAAACUAGCUCUUGUGCAAUUUUUUUUAUUUAUUUUUUGAUAAGACCACACUUUAAGUGCAGGCUGGUCUGUAGUUCAUUGGGUAUGAUGAGUGCUGGCAUUUCUGUUGCAACAGGUUAUAUGGUGCCAAAUUGUCAAAUGUCCCAAAUUGUAAAAUUGCAAGGUUUAAGUGUUUUUCCACUCUUCUGUGCCUUUUUAAAUUUCCACUUUACUCUAAAUGUGGUGUUUGAAUUGGCAAAUGGAUUGGGCUGAUCCCAAAACAUGGCUGGAUAUGAAAUAUUACAUUGAAUUUUCCGCUUUCCUUAUAGUUAAAAAGGAAGCUGAAAAUACUGGUCUAUGACCGAAAACUUUGACCAAAAGGGAAACAUUGUUGACUUUUUUAUUAUGAGGAUGAACCCCAAAGUGCAACUUUUUAUGGCAGCUAUAAGAACUCAGGGGUAGGAGAAGUUACCCAUAUUAGGCAUUCUAUCAAGGACAACCUAUACAAGAUUUUGUACCUAAAUGAACCAGUAUUUAUUUCUUUCAAAACAGUUGCUGUCUAAAGAUCUUUAAUUGCUCGUUCGUGCAUAUAGCCUACCACACUCUAUGCAAUUUUCAUAAAAGCUUCAUUCUUUUCUUUAUUUACUGAAUAUGUACAGAGAGAGAAGUCCCAUCUGCAGUACCCAUCGAUUCAAAUAAAACUUGCUCUUGGUAAAUAAACAUUGUCUUUAUUUAUAGACAAUAAUAGACCAUAAACUCCUGUAAACCUAUUUCCCUUUGUUUUUCUAAAGAAUUGUUAAUAUUGAAGAAUACUUAACUAUCCACUAUAAGAUAAUUGUUCAAGUCAAUAACUUUCCACAGUUUCAGAACACAUCCAGUGCUAUCGAGCCAAGAGCUGUGAUUUUUUAACAACAAAAAUGCACACAUCUAGCACAUGUUCUGUACCCAACAGUUGUUUGGUGCUUCUGUGGUGUGAUUUCAUAAAUUUAAAUAGGUUCACGCGUUGAAUAUUUUGUUUUCUUCCCAAGCCGCCAUCUUCCCAUUGCCCAAUCCAUUUACACACUAUUUGCAGAUUCUUCUGUAAUGAUUUAUCUUGCCACAGUGUAUCAUUCACUUGUGUAUUCUUUUAGACAGAUACUUGAAAACUGCAAAAAAGUUACCAAACAUUGCUAUGUACAAAACAGCAGUCUGUCCUUUAUGUGAGGUCUUAACAAUUGUAUAAAUAAAUGAAUUUAUACUUUUUCAAGUUCA